CCCCACCAAACGGGAUGCCCCGCCCAAUACGAGUGAUCUAACGCCGAUCAAACAUUCCAACGGCACGAGCGUGGUCGGACGUUUUCGCUCCUGCGGAUCCUCGCGGCGUUUCUCAAGAAACAGGGAGAGCGCAUUAUUGUAUCGGCACAGUCACGAUUAACAAUCGAAAGACUCACACACGAUACGAACGGGUUAAACGCUGUGAAGAAGCUAGAGAGAGAGAAAGAGAGAGAGAGAGAGAAAAAGAGAGAGUGUUAACGUUGUGACAUGUCCAUUCUAGAAGACCGGGAAGACUACCUGAAGAAUCCGUACUUCAAGGAACACGAGUACGGCGACUACACACCGUUCUAUGCCACGGUAGCGUUCUGCGCCGUUCUGGGUGGCUUCCUGUUCAUCCUGAACAUUGUGUUCUGCUGGUGCUCGCGGCACCGAGAAUAUUGGCAGGAUCGCAACACUGGAAACAGAUGGAUUCAGCCAAUGUGGACUGUGUUACCCCAUAAGACACCCCCGCUUGACCUGAGUGAACUGGAGUCUGGGCGCAUCAAGUAUCCUCAAGUGAGGCAUGAAAUUAUUCAGUAUCACGAUCCGGAGUCCCACAGCAUCUUGUCACAUCCGGAAGAGUACCUAGAGAUGCAGAAGCGCGAGAGUGAGAUCUGAGAAGUAGUCGGCUUACCAGUUGACCGUCGUGGUAUUGGAGAACCUUCGAGUGACACCCGUGCUUCAGUAGUCUGUCCAAAGCAGCGAGUUUAAUUGAGUACAAUAGAGCCUAAUUAGCCCUUUGCACUCAGCUAAUUGCGUCAAGACUCUGGCGUCGAGCUGUUCCCUGCUGAGCUAUCUUUUUUUUUUGUGGUCCUGCUAACGCUAAGAAUAAUUAGUCCAUCCUUUCACGAGAUUACUUUGUCAAGAGAAAGGUAAUUAGCCUUCUUCGACAAUCACCAAGAAGCAGGACUGCAGUCACUUGGCAGGCUGUAUCAGCGCUCGCACCGGAUUCUCGGCCGCGAAUAGUCAGAUAAA